AUGGCUCUUCAAAAUGGUUCCUUUGUGACAGAAUUCAUUCUGAUGGGAUUAACAGACCAACCUGAUCUCCAACUCCCCUUGUUCUUCAUCUUUCUUGUAAUGUAUAUGGUCAUCGUGUUGGGAAAUUUAGGUCUGAUGACGCUCAUUGGGCUGAAUUCAAAUCUCCAGACCCCCAUGUACUUUUUCCUCUUUAACUUGUCCUUUAUUGACCUCUGCUAUUCUACCGUAUUUACACCCAAGAUGCUGGUGAACUUUGUAGCCGAGAAGAACAUUAUUUCCUAUAGAGGCUGUCUGGCCCAGCUUUUCUUCUUCUGUUUCUUUGCCAUUUCUGAGUGCUAUGUGCUGACCUCCAUGGCCUAUGAUCGCUACGUGGCCAUCUGUCACCCACUGAUGUACAGCAUCACCAUGUCCCCCAAGGUGUGUUCCAGCCUAAUGUUGGGUUCUUACUUCAUCUCAUUUUCAAAAGCCUUGACUCACACGGGAUUCAUGCUGAGACUGACCUUCUGUGAUGCCAACACCAUCAACCACUAUUUUUGUGACAUCCUCCCUGUGCUCCAACUCUCUUGCACAGACACCUACAUCAAUGAACUUGUUGUGUUCAUUGUGGUGGGCAUCACACUUAUUGUGCCCAGUUUCACCAUUUUUGUCUCUUAUGGAUUCAUCCUCUCCAGCAUUCUCCGCAUGAGCUCUACAGAGGGCAGGUCCAAAGCCUUCAGCACCUGCAGCUCCCACAUCGUUGCUGUGUCUCUCUUCUUCGGCUCAGCUGCAUUCAUGUAUCUCAAACCAUCUUCUUCUGUGUCCAUGGACCAAGGUAAAAUCUCUUCUGUGUUUUAUACAAGUGUGGUUCCCAUGAUGAACCCCUUAAUCUACAGCUUGAGGAAUAAAGAUGUCAAACUUGCUCUCAGAAAAACUCUCAGCAGGACAAAAAUUUAA